AUGAAUGUGGAAGAAGAGGUUGGACGCCUAAGGGAGGAAAUCAAGAGGCUUGGCAAGCUCCAAUCAGAUGGUUCUUACACGGUUACAUUUGGAACGCUGUUUCAUGAUGAUCAAUGCGCAAAUAUAUUCGAAGCACUUGUUGGGACACUAAGAGCAGCUAAAAAGAGAAAAGUAUUAACAUAUGAAGGUGAAUUGCUGUUGCAAGGAGUUCAUGACAAUGUGGAAAUCACUCUUAAUCCUACCCCUGCUGCUGCUGCCAACUGA